ACUCCAUUCUCUAUUUUUGUGCUUCCUUGUGCUGCCAAGCUCCUGACGUAAUGCUUCAUGUUAAUUAUUAGCAUGUGGAAAGCAAUGCCGAGACUCGCCUCUGGUAAAACAAGAGUAGCUUAACUGUAGGGAGAAUAGUUAGUCAAGAUGGCAAAACACACAGAUCGGGAGUGAAGGGGCACCGCUCCCCACAAUUGUGUACUUUGUUGCGCCCCGUCCUGCGACCAACACCACUGAUACAACUGUGCCUAGAAGUCUAAGGGGGAUCCCUGUGGAAAAUGCCAACAAGGGUAACGCUGGUGUGACAGCGCGGAGUGCAGGAAGAAAGUUGACUCUCCCAUCUGACUGUUAACCCUCAUCCUUUUGCAGAUGCACCUAGGAGAGCACCUUGCUCCCCUCAAGCUGAAGCUACACCUGCAAUGCUAAAAGCCCGGAUGAUGCUAUGCCACUUGAACUGAGCACAACAGCUCAAACCCUUCAUGCUCAAAGUAGCUACUGCUGUCCACUCAACAUCAAUAACAGAGAAAGCAACCAACCAGAGAAAGCGACACAAGCUUUGACCAAAGUUGAACCACCGCAGCACCAAGACCUCCGUGAACCUAAUUAUCUCGUGACACCAGGGGGGUCACUCUAACUGGUUUCCCCGUUCUGCUUAGUGCAUGUCCCCAAGACCAUGAUGUUUCGCGACCAGGUGGGCGUCCUAGGAAGCUGGUUUAAGGGAUGGAAUGAGUGUGAGCAGACGGUGGCUCUGCUGUCGCUGCUGAAGCGGGUGUCGCGGACCCAGGCCCGCUUCCUGCAGCUGUGUCUGGAGCACAGCCUGGCCGAGUGCACCGAGCUCCAUGUGUUGGAGGGGGAGGCCAAUAACCCAGUGGUGAUCAGCCAGUGGCAGGGCGAGCCCAAGGAGCGCGUCAUCUCCCUGGUCCUCACCCACCUGCCCCUGCUCAAGCCGGGCAACGUCGAAGCCAAGGGCGAGUACAUGCGCCUCCUCCCCCGCAUCCUGGCACACACCAUCGACCAUGGCCGCCAUCUCGAAGAGUCACGCCAACUCCUCUCCUAUGCCCUCAUCCACCCGGCCACCUCGCUGGACGACCGCGCCGCCCUCGCCCUCUGGCUCAACCACUUGGAGGAGCGUGCCGCUGCCCGGGGCGACUCGUUGGAGCGACCGCCCCCCGCCCCGGCCUCGCUCCACCAGACGCCCCCCUCGACACUCUCCUUGUCGGGGUCCAGUUCGAGUUCCUCAGGGAGCCACCUGGGCCACCUGUACCACCACCAGCGCUACGGCUCGGAUGAUAGGCUCAACGGCUGGCAGGGGUCCAGGGACUCGGGGUUGGGCAGCGGUUGGCACCAGCAACAGCAGGGGCAUGGAGGGAGUGAGAAUGGCGGGCACCUGGCGCUCUACCCGUCCUUGUCGGUGCCUGGGAGUAUCAACACGGUUGGCAUGGGUAGCAGCAGCCACACCAUCCUGUCCGGCGGUGGCGGCGGGCAGCACAGUCCCCUGAAGCGCUCGGUGUCCCUCACCCCCCCGAUGAGCGGCAGCUCCUUGGCCAGUUCCUCCUCCUCGUCGGGCGGCCAAGCCCUGGGCCUGGGUCUGGGUCACGGUUGGCUCUCCCAGGAGGACCUGCGCGGGCCCCGGGGAAGAGGAAAAGGAGGAGGAGGAGGAGGGCUGGGGCUGGCCCCCACUGACCCUCACCACGCUCCCCUCUCCCCCCAGAGCAGCGUAGCGUCGUCGGGCAGCGGCGGCAGCGAGCACCUGGAGGAUGGAGGUUGCUGUGUAGGAGGCAUGCACCGCAGCAGCACAUUCCACGAGGAGGGCAGCGGCAUGAGGGUCUUUCCCCUAGAUUAUUGUCCAGGCGUGGCGCAAAGGCCCCCAAAGCAACAUCCAGGCCCUCUGGGGACCAACAGAGUUGGGCAGGGGGGCCUGCCCCAGCUUUACAAUGAUGUGCCAGCCUGGCUGAAAAGCCUCCGUCUCCACAAAUAUGCGGCACUCUUCUCCACCAUGACGUAUGACGAGAUGAUGUCACUGACCGAACAGCAGCUGGAAUCACAGAAUGUCACCAAAGGGGCAAGGCACAAGAUAGUCAUCAGCAUUCAGAAACUGAAGGAGCGUCAGAACAUGCUGCGCUGCCUAGAGAAGGAUGUGUUGGAGGGGGGUAACCUGCGCGCCCCUCUCACCGAGCUCCACCAGAUGAUCCUGACGCCCAUCAAGGCGGUGGCCAGCGAUGAGUCGUCCCCCAGCUCGCCCUCCUCGACCACACAGAGACCCCUGUUGAGCCCAGAGGGGAAGUGCAGCGCCGCCCCGGGCUCCCACCUCGCCCCGGGAGGAGGGGAGGGGGAGACAGGGACCACCCUAAUCGCUGAGGGGGACAUCCCCGGCCAGUUCACCCGCGUCAUGGGCAAAGUUUGCACACAGCUCCUGGUGUCCAGGCCAGACGAAGAGAACAUCAGCUCCUACCUGCAGCUCAUUGACAAGUGCCUUCUUCACGAGGCAUUCACAGAGUUGCAGAAGAAGCGACUGUUGUCGUGGAAACAACAGGUGCAGAAGCUGUUCCGCUCGUUCCCCAGGAAGACCCUCCUGGACAUGACUGGCUACCGGGUGCAGAGGAGCAGCAGCAGUAGCCGGGGCUUCGGCCAGUCCAAUUCUCUCCCCACGGCGGGCUGCGUGGGGGGCAGCAGCAGCGUGUCGGCCCGUCGCAGCCUGCGCCAGUUCCAGAUGCCCUCGCGGAGCCUCCCCGGCGCCAGGCUGGGCCUGCUGGGCACCGCCGGCCUCCUGGGACCCACGCCACAUAGCGCCAGCAGCACCCCCACCGGCCUCAAGCAGGGACGACAGGGUCUGUGGUUCGCCAACCCCGGGGGCAGUAAUAGCAUGCCCAGCCGGACCCACAGCUCAGUGCAGAGGACCCGCUCCCUGCCUGUCCACACCACGCCACACACCAUGGUCAUGUUCCAGCAGUCUGAUCUCCAGGUGCCGGUGACGGAACCAGACAUCAACAACCGGCUGGAGUCUCUGUGCCUGAGUAUGACAGAGCAUGCCCUAGGAGAUGGAGUCGACCGCACAUCCACCAUCUGAGAGGAGGACCUGAAGGAGACCAGGAGAGACUGAGCUGGUCCCAAGAGGCUCGCCGCGCACCCAGUCUUUCCCUUCGCCCCCCACACCACCUGCCCAUCAGGCGCCCCCACAGCCAUUGGGAGAGGUCAACCGGGGGGGUGGGCGAGCUCCAAAUCACGCCACGAUGAGCCAAUCCGUGAAAAACUGCUAACACAGCAGCAAAUUGGCAUGUUACCAUCUCGACUAAACACAGCUACCCCCCAGCACCCUCAUAAGUAUCUGGGCUUCAGUGGCGGAUGAGAAAGGCAGUACAGACUCCUCUCCCCACAGUGUUGCACCCAGUAUAACUACCCACAACAGUGCCUGAGGAGUACACUCUGCUGGGCUGUGGGAGAUAUACUGUAGCAUCACUGGGGUCGGCAUCAGCCAUCAACCGAAUGGCCCUGGGCCCUGUUGAAAGGGGUGGUUGUGCAUUAUGGGUACUGUAGUACAUCAUGCUACAGAGUUCCGGACUCUGUUCUCUUCUCUACCCUCACCCCCAGUCCCAGUUAAAGACCAGUAACAGAAUUCCCACACCAGUUCACACCAGUCAGCAUUUCUACCGGUGUCACAGAGCCAAAAACAAACAAAAAAGCCAAGUAAACAAACAAACAAACAAUUUGGGACACUUUGUGAGAGAAGCCUUGGCUUGUCCUCCCCACUGUUUGGGUGAGUUUUAGGGAGGACAUUUUUCAAAAGGCUUGGGAGAACCCUAUGCUCUGUAUAGGUGACAGAAAAAAAGCAUUUAUACAUGUAUGUAUUGUUUACAUAAGAUGCUACUAUCAAGGGUACCGAAACAUUUAUACAUUUCAGCUAUGAAUGUUAUCUCUUGAAUAUAUUUUUCAAACUUUUUGGAAAGCAGUGGCAUACUUCCGUACUAGUCGCUUAAUAGACUAACGUCCCACAGUAGCUAUCAUAGUUUACAACUGACUUAUCCAUUGUUAGUUUUUUUGUGCUUUUUGUUCCUUUUACCAGGAGCCAAACUGUGUGAAAAUGAAAACGCUAAAAAGAGAGAGGGAUGCGGCAGAGGUGUGUAGAAGGAAAAGAGAUGGGAGGAGGGGAAAUGAAAGUGGAGAAACACAGGAUGGACUCUGCCAAGUGAUUUGGAAGGAGAAGAGGACGUUACCGAUGAUGGAUUCAAGUCAGGCGCAGGGACUUUGAUUUGAAACAAGACAGAGGGAAAUAGCCUAGCAGAGUUGUGGUAAAGUUCUGGGUAAAUUCAUGUUAUACACAGGCCAAUUACAUAGAAUUGCAUAUAUUAGCCUGUGUACCUACAGACUAUGCAUUGAAAGUUGCUGUUCAUUUGCUUGGGCUUUGUCUGGAGCGAAGUUCCUGUAUCAGGUGCACGAUGUCGUGUGACCUAGUCUCUAAUUAGGGCUUGUCAGUGUGGGUCAGGAGUAUAUUUAGUAUAUAUAGUAUAAUCAAUGGGUCUUGUUGUGAAAUAGAAUGAGGAGUACGUGUUUGUUUUCAGUCCAGGGUAGAUGAUAUAGUGCUGCAUGUUGUAUGCUAUAUGCUCCCAAUCUUACUAGGAAGUAAGAGACGGUCAAAGAUGUUCUGAAUCGAGGAGGAAGGAGAGAAUGCUAACCAGUGAUGUACACAGAGGACAGGAGAAUCAGGAAGUAGCCAUAGUGGAUGUAAAUGAGAAGGUUGCUGAGGAGGAUUCCUUUCUCUCAAGCAUCAUAGCAAAGUAGUUUUACUCCCCGAGAUUGCUCUCUUUUUAGUACUUACCUCCACCUGGUGGCCAAAAGCAGUUAGAGACAACCAGGCACUUUGACCAUCUGUUGAUUUGAAUUGAAAUUAGGAUUUUUGUACUUUAAUUUCUUGUUGUUUUUUUGUCUUAAUAUUUAUCCUCUGUUUAUUGUUGUCUGCAUGACAGACUGUAAGGGUAGGUUCAUGUUAAAAUAAGCUCUUAAAAGUUUAGUUAUAACAGUUUGGCUCUGUUAUUAGCCGUUGUAUCACUUUCAUAAGUGGGGUUUUUGUGCAUGGAAGGUCACGCUGAAGUUUUAUGCCUGAAUGGGCAUCCUGGUUGGUUUUUCCCAAAUUGGAAUCAAUUUGGAGCGAUUCAAAAUGGUGUUUUGUGAGGGUUAUUGAUAUUUUGUUCGUUUUUUAUUCUUAAAAAGUGUCUUGUUUUCUUGUUCUGCACUUGGUGCCGGGAUAUUUUACUACAGCUAAUCCAUCAAUAACAAUGCCAAUAGGUGCAGCAAUAGAAAUGCCAAGUAUGUGCAAUAGACCUUUUAUCAGUGGGGAGAGAAGCAAGGGGUUUGGAAAGGAAAAGUUAGGGGUUUUGCAGUUCAGAGAAUGGAACUUGACUUAUUGUGGAGGUGAACUCGAGUAGUGAGAUGAAACCAGCUUCAUGCCAAAUGCACCCUUUCUCGGUGGUGGAGAACACCCCUUUCUCUGCCACAAUAACUACAGCCCACUCCCCUAGUGCACAUUGAACUGAAGCUCUUGGACUGAACCAUAUUGUCAUAAGGUAGGGUUGACAACUGACAACCUAACCCAGUCUAACCUGUUAUUGACAAAAUGUCACUGAUACCUGUAGUGACUUUUCAGAGUCAGCCAAACGUCACUGCUUCAGGAAGUGCGCUCACUAAACACGCAUGGCCUUAACUGUGACGGUGAAUCGUGCAUAAAGCAUGAAUUGGCAUGGACCCUUUUGUGGCAUGGCUUGGCAAAUAUUUAGUGGCAGUAUACAGUAUGUAUUGUUACACGAUGCAACGUGCAUCAGUGUAUACACAGUACAUGGGAGUUAGAGCCACUUGUCACUGCCAUAUGAAUCAAUAUUAUUAGCAGAUUCAAAUCAUUAUUUAUUUUCUAUUUUUUUCUAUUACUGUUGCAGAGUUGAUUAUUGUAUUCAUUUAGAUGUAUUAUUUAAAGUACCAUAUGUAUUAACUUACUAUGGCUGGUGACCAUAAGUACAUCUCAAAUAAUAACAUAGUUAUUUUUGUUUUGAACUACAUUAUAAUCGCAAAUUUGUGUUUUUGAUAGUGGAGGAAAGAGCCACUACCGGUGUCUUCUUGGGAAUUGUGUGUUUUUUCUGACGCUUUGUGAAUGCUUAUUAUAUCCUGGUUGGCCAAAUGACUGAAUACUGUAUGUGCUCUUUUAUAGAAAUGUUACCCCUCGAUGCCCUGUUUUUGAUCGCAAAGUUCACUUUUUGAUCCAGCCACCAGCAAAACAAACUGGAUAGAGGGUGACAACCCUUUUGAAACAUUGCCAAAUAGUACAGGCCACGUUAACUCUUGAUAGACUGAAAUGAAGAGUCAUCUGGGGUUAUUUGUGUGGGAUAAGGCCCUUCCUACUUUGUCAGCUAUUAGACUUUGGCUGUGAGCAUUGAAGGUCCAGGGCUUGCCAUAUGGGAAUGGUCAACCAGUGCCUACCAAGCUAACCACCACCUGCGUGGUUAUUGAUGACAUCACAGUGGAAGGCUAAGCUAAGUAGCCCAUUCAUAAGACUAGCAACAACUGCAGGGCAGAGGAUAGAGCAUGCUAGGGUGGGAUGUACACUACUGUAUGUGCCUAUGAGGCAGUAAACAGAGGCGGUAAAUAGAAGGGUCAUCAAUGUCGUUCAUAUAUUACUGCAGCCCUGUGUGAGUAGUAGCCGGAUGAGGAGUGGAUCAGACUUUGACUCCUCCGGAAGCUGCUCAAAGGGUUUAUUUUUUUAUUUUCCAAAGUGCAUCCAAACUCUAUAGGGCUCC